CUUUAUUAUCAGUUUAGAGACGGCAUACACUAGGGAACAGAUAUUGGGGAUGGAGAAGGCAAUAUUGGACAGGCUUGAAUGGAGAUUGACAUUUCCAACACCUCGUGUCUUCCUUGUCGGAUUUAUCAAGGCUGCUGGGUCUGAUCAGGAGAUGGAAAACAUGGUCUUCUUUCUUGCUGAGCUUGGUCUGGUGUGUUAUGCAAGUAUUAUGUAUUGUCCAUCUAUGGUAGCAGCUUCAGCAAUCUAUGCUGCUGGAUGCACACUGAGCAAAACCCCUCUGUGGAGUGAAAUGCUUAAAUUGCAUACUGGUUACACAGAAGCACAGCUUAUGGAGUGUGCAAAGUUAUUAGUUAGCUUCCACUCAUCGGCAGCAGAGAGCAAGCUGAAAGGGGUUUACAAGAAAUAUUCAGGUCCACAACGCAGAGCUGUUGCUUUGCUUCCUCCAGCCAAGAAUCUCACAAUGUCCAUUGUGUAAAAAAU